AUGUUGUUUGACGACGAUGUUCAUGCCCAAUAUCUUGGGACGAAUCCUUCAUCAGAUGUUCCAAUAUCGUUAUUGAUUUUUGUUUCAAUCGCUUUAAACAGUCUUAUAUUCUUUUUUCUUCCAUCAUCUAUGACACCAUUAAUCAAAAGUUAUAUUGUAUCGACUAUUCAUGCCUGUGCAUCUGUUCUUGCUGUAUGUAUAUUCUUUCUACGUUCGACAGUUACUUUGACACAAGUCAAUCGAAUACUUGGUGGUGGUAUCAAAGGUACAAACGAUGAAAUGAUCACAUAUAGUGUGUGUUAUUCAGCUGGUUAUUUUAUCUACGACACAAUCAUUAUGCUACUAUUCAAAUCGGUUCGAAGUUCAUCAGCAUUAGUUCAUCAUAUACUCCUUACAGCUGGAACGACAUCAGGUUAA